GCCGCCGUGGGCCGUCCUAGCAAGUCAACCUCAGUUGCCCGCGCAUACCCUGCAAAUUAUAGUGGUGGCGUGAAUAGAGGUGGAUAGAGGUGGAUAUGAGUAGGGAUGUUGUUUGGUAGCCGAGUCAGUCUGUAUGGCGAGUUUAUCCCCAUGACAGGCUAGGAGAGCGAACCCCAACCAAUUUCAACCCUCGUCAAGGGGUUGCGGAGUGGAUGCCGGAGGCGUGGCAGAGGUGGGGGUAAGAGGGCAGUUGCUUGCCAUGUUUUUGUGACACUCCGUCGGGUGUGUACUCGAAUGGAGAAAGGGAGAAAACAGCAGGAAAGAGAAGAAACCUUGGCGAUCAAACCGCGCCUGCCUCACAAGAGGCGCCUAGCUUUUGUGACGGAGACCAAAGAAAUUGCACUAUCCAUCAUAAUUGGCGGGUUCCCAAAGAGAACCCCGGUCUAUAAUUCGAUGAUGGUAUACCCAGGGAUUUGGCCUUGACUUCUGAUGCUUUUUUGAGAUGUGGGGUGCCAUGGCUUUGGUGCCCGUUAGUGACAGAAUAGGGUUCGAGGUGGAGAAGACGAGUGAUGGAUGGAUGAUGGACAUAUAUCUCCACGGGGCCCUCAUGAUUUUCCAUCAUAAGGAGUCCAGUCCUUGGCCCAAAUUCUUCACUUCAUUCUUGUCGCGAACUUGAUAUUAGUCCGCAAUGGCGAGCAACGCUGCACCGGAAGGCUUGAUGCCCGCUCCUCUGGGAGUGAUUCCGGAUUUUGAUGUCAAUCACUACAACAGCACUCAAAUCCAGUUCAUUUUAGCAUACAGCAUUACCUUGUUCUUCGCAGUUAUCACACUUCUGCUUCGCCUCUACACACGAAUCUUCCUUAUCCAAGGAUUUGGUCUUGACGAUGUUUUUAUCAUCCUUGCCAUGAUUUCGUCUGUGGCUUUCUUCAUUGUUUGUGUGGAGAUUAUGAAGUUUGGGUUCGGUCGCCAUCUCUGGGAAGUCACCGGGCUCCAAAUGGCCAACUACCUCGACAAUCUCAUUGCUAUGGUCACGACCUACAUUUGGGCCCCUGCACUCACAAAGAUCUCCUUCCUCAUUCUGCUCCAUAGAUUAAACCCGAUCCCAUGGUUCCGGGUCUCCCUUUACGUUCUGGGGAUGAUUAUCCUCAUCUACACUCUCACCAUCAACCUUGUCAUCGCCUACCCUUGCUCUCCUCUCAAGCCAAACACCGGUGACUGCCUCAACCACUGUGGCCUAUGGCAAGCCAUUCUCAACAUCGUCACCGACUUCCUCAGCAUCCUACUUCCCAUCCGCAUGGUUCUCACACUCAAGCUGCCAACCACCCAGAAGGCAAUCCUUGCUGGCAUUUUCUCCACAAGUAUCUUUGUGAUGGUUAUCUGUGUCGUCCGUAUCACCUACAUCAUGUCCCUUGCGAACAACCCCGACGUCACCUACUCCCAAGGGCGCGCCGCAGUCUGGUCCUGCGUCGAACUCAACGUCGGCAUCGUAUGCGCGUCCGUCAUCGUCCUCAAGCCAUUUAUGCGCCACCACUUCCCCGGCGUCUUCUCGACCUACGUCAUGUCCGUUGACAACAGCGAUGCCACACCCAUCAAGAGCUUCCCCCGCGGAUUCUCCGAGUCGAAGAAAGCGAACCCGAGUGAAUACCAACACCCGAACACCUUCCAGAUGGCGAGAGUCAAGGGCGGUAGCGGCACCAACGACGAUGGCAGCGGGCUGGGCCACGGACGGUCGUCGCGGAAGGGCUCGAUGAGCACGAAAAGCGAUGAGACGCCGAUGAAUGGGAUUACCGUCACAAAGACGGUGCGGAUGAACUCGAGGACGAGGAAGGAGUCGAGGGCGAACUUUUUAGACACGGAAAGCACUGAAGAGAUCAAUGGUCCGGGUCCCAAUUACACGCCUGCGUAAAUACGGCGGGGGCUGAGAGGACGGUUGUUUUGAUUGUGUUUUACUGAGACAUACAUGGCUAUGGCGUACUGGGAGGGAAAUGGGCUGGGUUUUAAUAGCGACUACUGGCGUUGCUAAGAUUCCCGUGCCUCUGGAGGAAAUAUCGGAAAUAUACAUAUAUACAUCAUUGGUUGGUUACAUAGACUUGCCAAACGCUCCGGUGAGCAGGCUCAAGGGGG